UAUACCAUACCUAUGUAAAAAAAGAAAAAAGGCAACUGUCAUGUCAUUUGUUCAAUGUUCGGAAAAUUGAGAUAAAUAUUAUUUGUAGACAAUAAAAAGCAAUGGCUAAUAUAGAACUAGAUAUAUGGCGAGGGGAAUGGGGACUCGCCUCGAUUGAUUUAGAAUGUUUAAAGGUUUUGACCUAUAUGAAAUUUAUUGGAGUACCAGUACGAGUUCGAGAAGCGAACAAUCCAUUUUUUACGCCCAAAGGUCGUCUCCCUGUCAUGAAGGACGGCCGCAACUUACUUUCAAAUUUCGAGGAAGUUGUUGAGCAUUUGAAAUCUUUGCAUUACAGCACAGAUGUGCACCUAAACACAAAGCAAGCUGCAGAAGCCAGUGCAUUCACACAAUACUUGCGAGAGAAGCUUUACCCAGCAUACCAGUAUGCCUGGUGGGUGGAUGAGAAGAACUACUGUGACCUUACUAGACCGACGUAUGCUAAAGCCCUAUGUAUCCCCUUCAACUUCUACUAUCCAUCAAAGUAUCAGAAUGCAGCUAAAGAAAUGAUUGAUGCAUUGUAUGGAGAACACACAGAUUUAAGGGAAAUUGAAAGAACUUUGUACAGUGAAGCCGAGAAAUGCCUUAAAACUCUGUCAGACAGGUUAGGCGAGAGUGAAUACUUCUUUGGUAACAGGCCUUCAUCUUUCGAUGCUACAGUGUUUGCAUACCUGGCCCCUCUAGUAAAGGCACCCUUCCCAAACGCAACACUCGCCAAUGUAGUGAAAGGCAUUGCAAAUCUCUCCAGAUUUGUGGCCAGAAUCAACCAGAAGAAUUUUAGACAUGUUACAGAUGAAUACAACAGACUGAACGCCAAGAAGCAAUCAACGGGUACCCAAUCGGAGCGUGAGGCAGCCAACUUCCCGAACCAGACUCGCAACAAGAUCCUAGCGGCCUUAUUCGCGGCGAUCGCCAUGACAGGCUACGCCGUCGCUAACGGCAUGUUCCAGGACUUCAAAGAUUACGAAAAUUCGCGCGAUUACAACGACAUGUUUGAGAAUGAUGAAGAUGACAACUGACGCUGACCGCGGCCCGGGAGCGUCGCCAACAUUGUCUGCCGCCCGCGCCGACACCGCGCUAACUCGCAGUAGUCACGCCGAACUAAAUGCCACUAUAUUCCAUGUAAAACCAAAUAAAACAGUACAAAAACCCUAUACUUGGGCAUCGACACUGUUAAGUCAUGACCAAAAUACAGCGGUUCCUUUGGAAUAUCUUGAAUUUAGCUCGGAUUUCAAUACACUGAUAUUUAUGAAUAUAUUUUACGCAAUUUUGCUUUCUACAUGCAAGUGAGCACGUACAAAAGUAUUAAAUAAGAGCUGCAAGUCACAGCGACCCAGUGUUGGCGGUUAUUUUAUCUUAAAAUGUUCUAGCUAGUCUAGCGUUAGUCGUGGCUUCUAGUGACUUGUAGAGACUGUGUUAUGUUCCUGAUAUAUUGACGAGGCGUCUUUAUAUUAUAUACGUUGUUAUUGGAUACUAAUGAAUUAUUGAAUGAAGUAUGUUAUGCUUUUAAUUAAUCACAGAACAUGGCAACACUCAUCGUAAAGUCACUAUACUCCACCGGUAGUCUCGAAAAUGUGUACAACAUAUCCACUGCAUUUAGUACUGUUUUUAGGAAGUAUUUAUAAAAUGUUAUCGAUGUCUCGAUGUUUGGUUUAUGCGGUCAGACUGCUUGUGUGCCUUUUACAAAACGUGUUUAUUAGUUUAGUUUCAUGAUUCAAUGAUAAUCUAAUUUAUGUUGUAUGAUGACGAAGUAUUUUUACAAUGAAAGCACGAUGACAGAGGAGACGAUACUUGUAAUAUUUUUAUUUUGUACUAAAGCGAUCAAAAAUUAUUUUAGUGAGAUAAUUGAGAAUUAUGUUAUUCAAUUUUAGACUUUAUAAUUAUUGUGAUAGACGCUAAGUUUGCGUGCAGUGAACACAUAGCUAAACUCGAGACAGACACCAUUAAGCUUGGAUUAUAUUUUAGUAGAGCAUACAGGUAGAUGUUUUGGUUUUAUGAAUGAGAAUUUAUUUGUUGGUUGUUUUAACUGAUUCCGUUAAGAGUGAAUAAAAUGUGGUUCGUUGA